AGGAGAUCUAAGCGAAAUGCUCCUGUUCCCGAUGACGGUCGCGAUGUCUACCGCAGCCUGAUUUCUGAAGCAUCCAUUCCGGAAGCGGUUGAACGGCCUCUCAAGAAACCAAGACUUGGAAGACAACGACCGACACAAGUCUCAACUACUAUCAACGAGUCCUCUACUUCAUCACACCAAAGGUCCGGAGAUGGCAAACAGACUACACAAGGUCAAGCCUCUGGAGAUGAAAAUUCAUCCAAGCCGCAGCAAACCAUCGUUGAUUCUGACGAGUCCGAAGACGAUGAUAUGGACUGGGAGCAAGUCGGUCUGGAUCAUGUCGCACCCAAAUCCUCGACGUCUCGAAAGGAAGACGAGUUUGGGGACAUAUCACUUGAAAUCAGCACCAAGCAAGCUCAAAAGAGAGCGAUAGCGAAACGGAAGCCUGCUACCACUGCAGAGAAGUUGCUUCGACUCGAAGCCCACGAGGCUCAUCUGCUCUUCCUCCUAUUCCAUGUUCAUGUUCGCAAUGCUUGGUGCAACAUGCCAGCAGUCAAGAACAAAUUGAAAGCAAUACUCAUGCCAGAGAUCGUAUCGUUGCUACACCCUGAUCAGUCUCUCAUCCAAUUCGGACAGUCAGAGCAGUUCCUGACCGGGCUCCAGAAGGCUGUUUUCGUGUGGAAGCACAAGUUCAACGUUACAGCUUCUGGCAUACGCCGUCCAUACUGGGCCGAAGGGACCGAGGGUCAAAUCAGGAACAUCCAAGAAGAGAUGCCUCCCGUUGAGAAACAUGACUUCGUCAAGGCAGCUUCAACCCUCUCAGGCUCCCAAGACGUGGGUGCACAGCUGUUCUGUGCCCUGCUCAGGUGUGUUGGUGUUGAGGCUCGACUAGUCUGCUCAUUGCAAAUCCUUCCCUUUGGUGCAUCUGCAACCAAAUCAACCACCCCAAUCAGAGGCAAGCCGACUUUAUACGCGGGUAGCGACAAGGACAACACAAGUGCAGGAGAGACGUCUGGUGGUUCUGCAUCUGAAGGGUCGAGCUCCUCUCGACGCAGGAUCAUCGCUCCUGGCCGCGUUCGACGAAUGGGAAACGCAACUCUCAACGCAGCCAGGAGGAAGAAGCGACCAGUUCGUACGCUUGACUAUCCAGUAUACUGGGUAGAAGCUUUCAACGAAGCUUACCAGAAAUGGGUGCCCGUGGACGCUGUAGUAACGGGUACAGUCGCAAAACCGAGCAAGUUAGAGCCACCUGCUUCUUACGAGGCAAACGCUUUGACUUAUGUGGUAGCCUUCGAAGACAAUGGCAUCGCCAGAGAUGUGACUCGUCGCUACACGAAAGCCUACAAUGCGAAGACUCGCAAAUUGAGAGUGGAGAUCACAGAAAGAGGAGAAGAGUGGUGGCGUAAGGCGCUCAAAGUAUUCCGAAGACCAGCCUACCUCGAUCGCGACCAAGUUGAAGAUGCUGAACUUGCGAAGAAAGACGCCGCAGAGGGGCUGCCAAAUAACGUUCAGGACUUCAAAGAUCACCCCUACUAUGCUUUGGAACGGCAUCUUAAGAGACACGAAGUCAUCUGGCCCAAAAGAGCAAGCGGUAAAGUCACAGUAGGGAAGGGGGCGCUAGAACCUGUUUACCGUCGUAGCGAUGUGCACAUCGUACGCAGUGCCGAUAAAUGGUACCGAUUCGGCCGCGAGAUAAGGCCGAACGAACACCCCCUGAAGCAUGUACCUGCAAGAGUAUCAAAGAGCCGUGCUCAGGAUCCAGAUGAUGUCGAUAUGGAUGAACCGCCGGCCACAGCGCUCUAUGCUUUCAACCAAACGUCCUUAUACGUACCACCUCCUGUUGUCAAUGGCAGAAUCCCGAAGAACGCUUUUGGCAAUCUUGACAUCUAUGUCCCAUCAAUGGUGCCUCCCGGAGGAUAUCACAUCCGGCAUGCAUUGGCCAAGAACGCGGCUCGACUUCUUGGUAUCGACUAUGCCGAUGCUGUAACCGGCUUCCAGUUCAAAGGACGUCAUGGCACAGCUAUCACAUCUGGUGCUGUUGUCGCAGAAGAGUAUCGUGAGGCUGUCGAAGCUGUCAUCGAAGGCUUCCAGUACGAACAGGAGAACGAAGAAUCACGAUUGUACAGCUUGGAAUGUCUGAAACUUUGGCGACGCUUCCUGGCUGGUCUGCGUAUCAAAGAGAGAUUGAGCGAAUAUACUACUACAGGACCAAAAGCUGUCAAGCCAGACCUUAACAACGAUGCGUCAGGAGCUCACGAUGUUGGUGGUGGCUUUGUGCCUGAGACGGCCAACUCUGAGGCAGUUGAUGGGACUGGCAGUGGUUUCAUACCAGAUGACGAUACUGCGCUCGAGUCUGGAGGUGGAUUUGUCCCCGAAGUCGCCGACGAGACAUUCGCAGGCGGAUUCUUGCCUGAG